UCCUGUGAUUUCUAUUUUCCAGGAUGUCUGACAGAGGCAAGGGAAAAGCAAAGGUUACCUCCAGGAAGAGGAAGAAGUCUCAGUCUUCCACUGAUUCUGCGACCUCCAGUUAUGCUAAAAUAUCCCUCUCUGACAAGGAUAAGGAGGAUCAGCUCCUACCUUCUACCAACGUAGAGAAAUUUCCCAAUCUGUACUGUGAGUUCCGCUUUCCGACUUUCCUAAAGCGGAAGCUCAACCAGGAGAAGAAGCUAGAUAUCCCUUCAGAUUUGAGACAGUCCAUUGAGCUUCGAAUUGAGGGGUUGGGCCUGUCCUUCGUGGAUAGGGAGCUAGCUAAGGUGAACGAGUCAUGGGUGCGUGAAUUUUAUUGCAACUUCUACACACCGACCCUUAACUCGAUUCACCUGAGAGGCGGGCAGAUCCUGGUUACAGAAGCUGACAUUGAGGAUGCACUCCACUGUCAGCCCAAGGCCAGUGAUACAGAUGCUUUUAUGCAGACUGAGGUGGAGAUGCACUGUCUGACCUAUGACUAUGAUGCACUGAGGAGUAUAGUUGCCGAACCGGACUCUCCUUGGGAGCUGGAUGCUAAUAAAACGAAACCCAAGGGGAUGAUGUUUGAAUAUCUGACUCGGGAGGCGAGGGUAUGGCAGCAGAUUCUUGCCCAUUAUGUUAUGCCUACCACGCACUUCACGGAGAUUUCGGUGGACAUGCUCGUUCUGCUCAGGUGCAUUAUGGAGGGGAAGGAGUUGUACUUUCCCUGCCUGAUUAGAAAGUACAUGUGGCGAGCACAUGUCAAAGGCACACUCCCAUUUCCUGCUUUGAUCAUCGAGAUGGCUCAGCGGGCUAGCGUACCUUGGUUGCCAGAUGAUGAGUUGCCACCCCCGAUCCACGGGAAGGAGAGACUUCUCCCGUGGGGGACCUGGGUGUACGAUAGACUAGCCCUGCGUAGAUCCAGAGCCCGCUCAGCAGCAGCAGCAUCUGGGCCACCAUCUUCUUCAGCAACAGCAUCUGGGCCAUCAUCUUCUUCAGCUGCAGCUGGACCCACUGCACCAUCCACAGCUGCCAGUCAGCCACCACUACCACCAUCAUCAGCACCUCAGCCGACCUACAGACUAGUUCAGCAUCUUAUCGAGCGCAUGGAUCGGAGCGAACGUCGCAACGAGCGAUGCUUUCGGCGCGUGAUUCAGAUGUUGGCAUCGCUGGGAGCCGUCAUACCCCCUGAUUCCGACACUUCCGAUCAUUCCGAGGAGGAGGCGGAUCAUGGGGAGGAGGCUAGGCAGGCAGAGGCACCUCCAGAGAUUCAGGCUUCUACACAGCCACAGCCAGACUCACUUGUAGCAUCGGGAACAAUGCUUCAUUCUAAGUGUGGAGAGGUCGACGUCGUUGGUGGGAAUGUUAUUUUGGGUGACAAUUUCAGACUUCAGCUUAGUUGCUUUAUUUUGUCUUAUUUUAGUAUCCGCACUUUGUAUUACUAUAUAUAUCAGCCAUCUUGGAUACUUUGUUUUACAUUGUGCAUUUUGCAUCUUUGGUUUGUAAGUAUAUUUUGAUAUUUUUAGUUUGAUUUACCUCUUUAGUUGAUAGCAUAUAUAUGUAGUAUCUUAGUUUAUCAGUUUAGUUGUGAUUGGAAAAAAUAUGGAACAUUGAGCUUAGUUUAAUCCUUUUUUUAGUCAAAACAAAUCUCAUAUGCAAAAAGGGUAAACUAAGCUCAAUGUUCCAUAUUUUUUCCAAUCACAACUAAACUGAUAAACUAAGAUACUACAUAUAUAUGCUAUUAACUAAAGAGGUAAAUCAAACUAAAAAUUUCAAAAUAUACGUACAAACCAAAAAUGCAAAAUGACCAAUGUAAAACAAAGUAUCCAAGAUAGCUGAUAUAUACAGUAAUCCAAAAGUAAUCCAAAGUGCAGUAAAUGAAAGUGCGAAUACUAAAAUAAGACAAAAUAAAGCAACUAAGCUGAAGUAUGAAAUUGUCACCCAAAAUAACAUUCCCGCCGACGACGUGGACCUCCCCACACUUAGAAUGAAGCAUCGUCCCCGAUGCUACAAGUGAGACUAGGUGGAAGGGUCGACAUCUGCAUCCAGCUGUGGCUGCGGCUGUGGCUGUGUAGAAGCCUGAAUCUCUGGAGGUGCCUCUGCCUGCCUAGCCUCCUCCUCAGAAUGAUCGGAAAUGUUAGAAUCAGGGGGUAUGACGGCUCCCAGCGAUGCCAACAUCUGAAUCACGCGCCGAAAGCAUCGCUCGUUGCGACGUUCGCUCCGAUCCAUGCGCUCGAUAAGAUGUUGAACUAGUCUGUAGGUCGGCUGAGGUGUUGAUGGUGGUGGUGGCUGACUGGCAACUGAUAGCUGUGGAUGGUGCAGCGAGUCCGGCUGCAGCUGAAGAAGAUGAUGGCCUAGAUGCUGCUGCUACUGAAGAAGAUGGUGGCCCAGAUGCUGCUGCUGCUGAGCGGGCUCUGGAUCUACGCGAGGCUGGUCUGUCGUCCACCCAGAUCCCCCACGGGAUAAGUCUCUCCUUCCUGUGGAUCGGGGGUGGCGACUCAUCAUCUGGCAACCAAGGUACGCCAGCCCGCUGGGCCAUCUCGGUGACUAAAGCAGGAAAUGGGAGUGUGCCUCUGACAUGUGCUCGCCACAUGUACUUUCUGAUCAGGCGGAGAAAGUACAACUCCUUCCCCUCCAUAAUGCACCUGAUCAGAACGAGCAUGUCUACCGGAAUCUCCGUGAAGUGCGUGGUAAGCAUAACAUAAUGGGCAAGAAUCUACUGACAUACCUUCGCCUCCCGAGUCAGAUAAUCGAACAUCAUCCCCUUGGGUUUCGUUUUAUUGGCAUCCAGCUGCCAAGGGGAGUCCGGUUCGACAACUAUACUCCUCAGUGCAUCAUAGUCAUAGGUCAGACAGUGCAUCUCCACCUCAGCCUGCAUAAAAGCAUCGAGUGGAACCUCAAUGUCAGCUUCUGUAACCAGGAUCUGCCCGCCUCUCAGGUGAAUCGAGUUAAGGGUCGGUGUAUAGAAGUUGCAAUAAAAUUCACGCACCCAUGACUCGUUCACCCUAGCUAGCUCCCUAUCCACGAAGGACAGGCCCAACCCCUCAAUCCGAAGCUCAAUGGACUGUCUCAAAUCUGAAGGGAUAUCUAGCUUCUUCUCCAGGUUGAGCUUCCGCUUCUGGAAAGUCAGAAACCGGAGCUCACAGUACAGAUUGGGAAAUUUCUCUGCGUUGGUAGAAGGUAGGAGCUGAUCCUCCUUAUCCUUGUCAGAGAGGGAUAUUUUAGCAUAACUGGAGGUCGCAGAAUCAGUGGAAGACUGAGACUUCUUCCUCUUCCUGGAGGUAACCUUUGCUUUUCCCUUGCCUCUGUCAGACAUCCUGGAAAAUAGAAAUCACAGGAUACAACAUAUUAAGCAAAGCAGAGGAAAGGAAAGACAAGGAAAUAAGCACGGACAGAAAAUAGACAACAGAAAGAAAUUGAGAACUCUCAUGAAGUUGUAAUAUUUAGAGAUGGGACAUAUCUGACCUUAAAAGAAGUUUUUGAGAGUUUGGAUUAGACUGGAUAUGACCUCAAUGUUGACCUUUUGGACGUUCACGCAGACAACAGUACAUUUCAUCGUUUUGACAAGUUCAAUCUUAAAUAGAAUCCUUGUGGUCAAAGUACGCUCAACGAGAUAUUCCUAAAGCAGGAUAAUCUCAUUCAAGGUUGUUUCCUUGGAGAGCUGACAAAGCAAGUGUUUUUUGAUCUCGCUGCCAGUAAAUAUCAGGUAUUGGUUUCCUAGGUGCUUUUCCUCAGAUGGCUGCAUAUAGAAUAUCAAUAUAUGGUAGGAAGCAAAGUGAAUGGGACCAAUUAGCUAGUUGGAUAGUGAAUAAUGAUCUGUACAGUGAGAAUGUUAUUUGGUUAAUUCAGCAUCCAAGGUUGUACAAUGUGUACAAGGAAAUGGGAAUUGUUACCUCAUUCCAGAACAUGCUUAACAAUAUCUUUAUUCCUCCUUUGAGGUUACUGUUGAUCCUGAUUCACAUCUCAGCUUCAUGUUUUCUUAAAACAGGUGGUUGGUUGGAUUUGGUGGAUGAUGAAAGGAAACCUGAAAGACAGCCAACAAAACACAUGGCCACACCUGCCCAAUGGACUAAUGUAUUCAACCCAGUAUUUUCAUACUAUGCGGAUUACUGUUAUGCUAAUCUUUACACCUUAAACAAGAUUGGACUGGCAAUGUCUCCCCUGAGCAAUAACUCCCUAUUCUUAGAUUACCACAGGAACCCUUUUCCAAUGUUCUUACGAGGUUUGAAUGUUUCACUUUCUACUGAUGAUCCGCUCCAAAUUCAUUUAACAAAGGAACCAUUGGUUGAAGAGUACAUGGUUUAAGGGUUUAGGGUUUAUGAUUUAGGGUUUAGGAUUUAACCCUGUACUCUUCAACCAAUGGUUCCUUUGUUAAAUGAAUUUGGAGUCGAUCAUCAGUAGAAAGUUUCCCUAAGGAAACGCAAAUGUAUUUCCUACUGAUAUACCUUUGCGUGUCCCCAGAAUUCCAAGGUGGGAUACUGAUACUUCAUCUUACUUCCCUUUCUCUUUCUUUCCUUUCUGAAGUUAUGUGAUUUCUUAGUUUUAUUUAUUGGAACCUGCUGAACAAAAUUGUUCCUAAAUUUCAGUGAACAGUUAUUAAGUGUAGAAUUGAACUGUUUAUUUAUGGAGACCUGUCUACAAACAGAAAAUAUACCGAAACUUUCAUCCAUUCACCUAAAACUAUUCCAGCUUUCAGAAUACUGUCUCGUAUUGUUUUCCUGACAUCGUGUGAACUUUCUGUAAAUAAUACAUAAUAAACACAAGCCAUUUUGAACCUUCAAAAUUGGUCUACACACUGGCACACUGCAACAUUAUCAAUUGAACACCAAAUAAUUUACCACAAUAUAGGUCAACUCACUGAGUCACUGCUCAAUCAACAACCAGCGUCAAUAAAGCUCACCAAAAUCAUCACAUAAUAAUGACCAUUCAGAAGUUCCAUCGUAGUAGCCAUACCUUCGCGGAGAGUCUGCAGUCGCGGCAGCCCCGCCGGAAUCCCCUCAACAUGAAACACUCCGUUCUGCUUCUCCUCUCCAUCCACGCCGCCGCCACGUCCGGAAGCGACACCGAGCUCCAUCAAUAACCUCUGCCUCCCUUCCUUCUCGCACCACUGCGCCUCUUCUUCAAAUGCUAGUAGCAACCAUCUUAUUCCAAUAGCGUAUAUUUUGAGGUCAAUAUAAAAUCAUCUUUCUUGCAAGACCCGUUCGGAUAAGGGAAAAUUCCAGAGACUGCUUCAAAGUAAGAUUGUUGCAUUAACCCUCUCCUAAACCUGGGGGGAGGGGUUGAGAGGAAAAGGAAAUCCAAAUCCCA